GUGGUGAAAACAGACGAGAGACCAGUCCGACUAGUCCAACCAGUCCGACCAGUCCAGACCAGACAUGGCAGCCGAUCUGGCAGCGACGGCACUGGAGGACACCGAGGAAGUUCAUCCAUCAGACUUUGAGUUGCUUCAGGAUCACGUCGGGAAUAUCCCGAAGAGACAUGCGCGGGUCACCGUUAAGUACAACCGGAAGGAGCUGCAGAGGCGGCUGGACGUGGAGAAGUGGAUCGAUGAGAGCCUGGACCGGCUCUACUCGGGUCAGGGAGGUGAUAUGCCAGAGGAGGUGAACAUUGAUGACUUGCUUGACCUGCCUAAUGAUGAGGAGAGAGCCAAACAGUUACAGGAGCUUCUUCAAAAGUGCAGUAACAGCACAGAGAGCUUCAUCAGAGAGCUGCUGGAGAAGCUGGAGGGCGUUCACAAGCAGGAGGAGCUGCAGAGCAAAGGCAUCGAGCAUCCGGUGAUCUGCCACAGCCACUACCGCCAUGAGCCCUACCACUUUAACAACCCCCGGCAACAGCAACACUCCCACCACACCCGGGGCCAGAACCAGACCCUCUGACAACCCCCCCCCCCCCCCCCCCCGGUGGACCAAGAUACGCUGCAUACGCCGUCAGUUCUAUUGGACUAUGCAAGAAAAGAGAAAAAAAACACACUAAUUAAGACACUUUAUCUUGUGCCUGGUAACAUCACAGUGAAUGAAGCCACUGCUCCUGGCUAAGGUAUAAAAACACAACCACACUGUUUAUAUUUCCAAAAAUGUCAGACUAUUCCUUUUAACCACUUGUUUAAACAGCUAUUUGUGACUUAGCUCGUGGGUAGAUAAUUGGCCAAGGAGAGGAAGACAUCAAAUUGGAAUCCAUUUACAAUCUAGGUGCAAAGGCCAUUUAACACACACAGUAAGUGAUCAUACAGGAAGAAAUACAUUGUAGAAAUAAUAAUAUUAUAAAAGAGCUUUCAUUUGCAGCACCAAAACCUGUGACUCUCAUUGUUACUAGACUGGAAAAAGCUAUAACCAAAAACUAAACUAUACCUCUCUUAACUUUAGAAUAGCAUCCUGCUACAUAUAGAUCAGCCACUGAUUUACACUGCAAGCAUAGCUGCACCACGUUUUAGAUAACACAGCCAGAUUACAUGCAUAUGACUUAAUAUCUGUUGAAUGUCUGAUUGUAGAAAAGUUAUUUAUGAUUACAGGACAUGGAGAUAGAUCCAGCACACCAGUAUGAUGUAACAAAGGAAAUGAUCCUGUUGCAUUGCUUACACACUGUAGCUUUAAUAUUUUACUGUUGUUCAUGCUUUAUGUUUUUCAGCUGUAUCAUUACUACAUAUUCAAUUUGGUCAGUAUACAUUCAAUACAUUUUGAUUCUGCAAAGAGAGCUGGUCCUUUGCAGGAAUUGCUAAUAAAACGAUUGCUUUCAC